CAUGGCGCCGAUGACAAGCAGUCGAUGAACAACGCUCGGUUAAAAAUGGCGCUCGCCGAGGUUUGUGGCAUAAACUCGUCCGUCGAUUUUGGCUAUUCGCGAGAAAAUGAUAAGAUCGCCAGCGAAAUCGAGACGUAUACCAGAAAUUUCACGAACAACCUCCAACUGGCGGUGCCGCCGUUCGUUAAUCCAGCUGAAACUCUUGGUCAUAUAGCUCAAGGCACUGACGAAACUGGAAAAAACCUGAAGAUCAAGUUUGAUCAUGGAACCACAACUUUGGGUUUCCGAUAUCAGGGUGGUAUCAUUCUGGCAGUGGAUUCACGUGCAACAGGAGGACAAUUCAUUGGUUCGUCCACUAUGAAGAAGAUAGUGGAGAUCAAUGACUAUCUUCUUGGUACUCUGGCUGGUGGUGCUGCAGAUUGUGUCUACUGGGAUCGAGUUUUAGCGAGGCAGUGCCGCAUGUAUGAACUCAGAAACAGAGAGCGCAUUUCCAUUGCAGCAGCAAGCAAACUCUUAUCAAACAUGAUUUAUAAUUUUAAAGGAAUGGGACUGAGCAUUGGUAUGAUGCUAGCUGGAUGGGACAAACGUGGUCCUGGACUUUACUAUGUCGAUUCCGAAGGCACUCGUACUCCAGGAAAAGUUUUCAGCGUUGGUUCUGGAUCUGUGUUCGCAUUUGGUGUUUUAGAUUCCGGUUAUCGGUGGGAUUUAACCGAUGAACAGGCUUAUGAACUUGGAAGACGAUCGAUUUAUCAUGCUACACACAGAGACGCCUAUUCUGGCGGUAUCAUAAGAGUAUACCACAUGAAAUCAACUGGCUGGGUGCACAUCUCAGACCAAGACAGCAAGGACUUGCAUUAUGCAUACCAUGCUGAUAAACUGGCAGAACCAAGCACCUCUUCCUAGAUUUAAAUUAUUAAUUAUACAUUGUAUGUGCAGAUUAAUUGUUUACGCAAUAAAACCUAAUGAUUUUUAUCUGGGUAAUUUAUAAUAAAUGGUGUAAAUUUAA